AGGGCCCCUCUUUUUCUUGUUUCCUUGGUCACACUGACGGACACACACACUCUCACUAUGGCGGCCUCAGAGACAUGCAGCUCUGUUCCAGAGUCUCCUGAACCAGAGUCCUGCGACGGACCGCAGCUAGACCAGAACCAGACCCUGCAAAACCAGAACCAGAAGAAGGAGGAGGAGGAUGAGGACGAGGAGGAUGAAGGAUCUGAACUCCAGGAGCCUUCAGACCCGGAGUGUGUGGAGGAGAGAUUCCGGAUCGACCGGAAGAAGCUGGAGCUCAUGCUGUACGCUCCUGCAGAAGGUUCUGGACUGUCAGGUGAGGAGUUCUUCCAGAAGGUGAUGAGAGAAACACACACGCAGGUGAAAUGGCCAUCCAAGCUGAAGAUCGGUGCCAAAUCAAAGAAAGAUCCUCAUGUGAAAGUGGAGGGGAAGAGAGCAAACGUUCUGGAGGCCAAACGCAAGAUUUUGGAGCUUCUAGAGACUAAGGUGAAUAAAGUCACGCUGAAGAUGGACGUCACACACACGGAGCACUCUCAUGUGAUCGGGAAAGGAGGUGGGAACAUUAAGAAGGUCAUGGAGGACACUUCCUGCCACAUUCACUUCCCCGAUUCCAACCGGAACAACAACGCAGGAGAAAAGAGCAACCAGGUGUCUAUCGCUGGUCCGGUUCAGGGGGUGGAGUCUGCCAGGAGACAGAUCCGGGUCAGUGACUCAUUAACAUUAAUCCCCCUGGUGCUGACCUUUGACCUGCCUGUGACCCUUGUGGGAGGUGUGGUGUGUGACACGGGCUCGCCGGUGAUUCAGCACGUGGCUCAAGCAUUUGGAGUGAGCGUCAGCUUCAGGACGCAGCCCAAACUCUACUGCAGCACCUGCAGCGUGAGAGGAACACAGGGAAACGCCGCUGCUGUCAAGAAGGCCACUUGCGUCCUGAUGGAGCUGCUGCUGGGCGCGGAGGCGCUGGCCGGGGUAACAGGGGUGAUGGUGAGCACACAGCUGGAUGUGACCUCGCAGCAGCACCUGUUCCUGUUGGGUCAGAACGGAGCCAACUUCCUGACCGUCAUGCAUCAGACGCACACGCAGAUCAUCCUGCCUGACCUCAGCGCUCCGCAGCACACACCCUCGCUGCUGAUCCAGGGCACGGCCGACGGAGUGUGUGUCGCUCGACAGCAGCUCAUGGACUGUCUGCCCGUCUGCCCAUGUUUUGAUUUGAAGGAUGAGGGAGAGUCUGACCCUCGGAAAAUCGCUCAGAUGAAUGCACCAACCUUGGUGUUUUUAUCAGCGUCAACACCCAAGGUCAAGCAGACAGCAAGAUUCCAGAGACUGAGGGAUCAGCCGACACAAGCAGAGAGAUGGGAGGGGGAGAAGGGUCCCUUUCCCAAGUCCCACCCCAACAACAUUUUGCGGGAGUCACAAGAGGUUUUCAGAGGGGAGGUUCGUCCGUCAAAAAAGACUGUGCUGGGUCUUUUCGGAGGGAGGAGGGGGCAGCCAAAUCAGAAGGGGGCCUUGGAGGGAAGCCUGAAAACCCGCUGCUCAUUGAGGAAAGCCGGAGAGAAAACCUGUGUGUGUGUGAUAGCCAUGCAGCAGAAGCCCGUGGUGACUGAGGUUCGAACCCCUACAGACACCUGGAGUGGCUUGGGCUUCUCAAAAUCGAUGCCCACUGACGCUGUGAAAGAGCUGAGAGCCGUGAGCCGCCGCUGCUACAGACCCUACCACAACCAGCAGUCGUGGAGUUCACAGAGUGGAAAGGAACGCGGUUGGAACGGCAGCGACUCGGAAAACUGGAGAGAAAGACGUGGAUCUUUGUCUUCAUCACCACCUCCAUCAUCAUCCUCGUUCACUCCCUACAGUCUGUCAGCGUCCCGAACAACUGAGGGAUACCUGACCGGCUCUGAGGGCGGGGCAUCUAGACAUUUGAUUGGCAGGUCUCCCAGUCCCUCCCACGCAGACGAUCUUAUUGAGUUACUGGCACAGCUGGGUCUGGAGAAAUAUAUCGACAUUUUCCAACAACAGGAGAUCGAUUACCAGACGUUCCUGACGCUCUCAGACGAGGAUUUGAAGGAAGUGGGCGUGAACACAUUUGGAGCGCGACGCAAGAUGAUCCUCGCCAUCACAGAUUUGAGCAAAAAGAGGAAGUUUCCAGAAGUUUCCAGCAUGAAGUCGGGAUACCUGGAGGGAGGUGCGAGUGGCCGUCUCCCGCGGAUCAUGAACGAGGACGGGGCUGCCAAGAGUAACCGCUGGUGAUGGGACGAUGUGACCACUAUAGAGUUUCCUAAAAUGCACCUGGGGCCGGUUUGUACUUCCUGUCAUGUGGCCCUCGGGGACCAAUCAAGUAUGACAUGAUAGAUGAUUUCCAUAUAAGACAGAGAAGACAGAUGUGCUGUGACUCUCAGAGGAAACAUGCAGAGAAGUGUGGACCUUCAGCGUGAACCGACCGACUGCCUGGCCAGAACCCACACUUAGUAUGCAAGUCUCUGACUCUCUCUACCUCUGUUUCUCUGUCUACUGCUCUUCUAUGCAAAACUUCUUUUCCUUUAUAUAUUGUUCAAAUAUGAGAAUACUUUACGACUAUGCUUUAAUGUCAGUUAAUUUGGGAUCUUCCAUUAAAUGAGAACCAAAAAACA